CGGGCUGGCACUGCCCCUUUUUGUUCCUUUUCCUCAUUAUCAUGGCACUUAGCCUAUGAUAUUGAACCAAAAUUGUCUAUCGUUAUCGAUCUAAAGCAGCUCCGUCUGAGCCAGGUAUCGAAUCAUUCUAUGUCAUUGCAGAUCUUAUGCCUACGCUUGAUCACGCUGUUCAGAGGGUUGUUUACUUGCAGUCCUAAGCCUCAACACUCACUCCUGGCCAACCAUCCUCACCACCUCAGCGUGAACUAUGACCGUGCCACUCUUUGAUUGAUUCUGUACCGUACUUAGGCAGCAACUCUUUAGUAUAGAAUAUGCGUGCUUUAAUCCCCCCAUCACCACUUUUCCCGUGUCUCCGGCCGUGUCUCCACCAAAGAACUGUGCUACUACAUCGAUGGGUUCAUGAGAUGGCAGAUCUUCUGGCGAUUGAAGAACAGACGCUUCCAUUUUAUCAUCGGAAGCGUUAUUACCCUGUCAAGCCUGGCGAAACUUUGAAGAAUCUUUAUCGCAUAAUCGCUAAACUAGGCUAUGGAGCGUAUUACACAGUUUGGCUUGCUUGGGAUGAAAAGUUUGUGGUCCAUGCCAUUUGCAUACAAACUGAGGAUACUGAGCCUUCGCCCAUACUUGACGAGAUCAACAUGCUCCACCGCUUGAAGAAGUUCGCCGAAAAAGACCACCCAGGCUUGGACUUUACGCGCCUUGCACGGGACAUUUUUGAGAUUGAUGGUCCCUCUGGGAGCCACUACUGUAUCGACUUCAAACCUCAGGGCAAUAGUGUCCGCACAUUACAGAAAAAAUUUCCCAACGCCCAGUUGCAUAAGCUUCUCGUAAAAUCCAUCAUACGCCGCUUGUUCUUCGCCGUAAAUUGGUUGCAUGCAACCUGUGGUGUUGCACAUACGGAUAUCUCACCGGAAAAUGUCUUGAUGGACAUUGAAGACGACACAGUCCUCAAACAUGUCGAGCAACAGGAGACUGAGAAUCCUAGUACUCCAAUUACCACGGGUACUGGAGCCGCUGCUACGACAGUCUACAAAACUCGACCAACGAUGUUAGAGCUAUCGGGCUACCCGUGCCUUACUGACUUUGGUCAAAUGCGUGUGAUAGAGGGACGCAUAAAUCAGGAUUGGUGGAUGACAGAUCUAUAUCGCGCGCCAGAGGUGCUCUUACAGCUUCCUUGGGGGUAUCCUGUGGAUAUCUGGGCGAUCGGUGUCAUGGGUAAGAACCUCUUUGACCCAGUGGAUCGUGUCCACGGUCAGUAUGUCCUCCCAUUAGCCUUGGCCCAAUACAUCGGCUAUCUCCGUCCUCCUCCUUUGGAGAUCAUACAGAAAAGCAAUUUGAUAUCCGAGCCCCCAAUCCCAAAUAUAUCCCUGGAAGAAUUUGUCACCACCAUUCCACCGGGAGAAGAGAAGGACCAGUUCCUCAGAUUCAUACGGAUAUUAUUAACGUGGGAUCCGGAGAAGAGAGUCACGUCUAUUGACGGUGUACCCGAUGAAUGGCUCACGCGGCCGGUUGAGGGCUUCAUGUAG